CAGAUCUGCUUCAGAACCACGCGUUCUGGCCUAUAUAUGGCGUCGUGCCGUGCCCGCCGUCUCGUCGCGUAAACCAUGGGCCAGGAGGACCUGGCGCUGCCUUCGCUGCGUGCCAGGUUCCGCCAUGGCUGCGCGCUGGCGGCCAUCCUAGUGCUCGCGGCAGCGGCUGCGCCGAGCGUGGCUGAUGGGUCGUCGUGCGACCUGUUCCAGGGGAGGUGGGUCGCCGACGCGUCCUACCCUCUGUACGACGCGGCCAGCUGCCCCUUCGUGCCCGACGUCUUCGACUGCCGCCGCAACGGCCGCCCGGACGCCGCCUACCUCAAGUUCCGGUGGAGCCCCGCCGCCUGCCGCCUCCCAAGGUUCGACGGGCUGGAAUUCCUGGAGACGUGGCGCGGGAAGACGGUGAUGUUCGUGGGGGACUCGCUGAGCAUGAACCAAUGGGUCUCCCUCGCCUGCAUGCUCCACGCCGCCGCGCCGGAUCCCGCCCGCGUCUCCUUCAGCACCGGCGACCCCGUCUCCUCCGUCCGCUUCGAGGACUACGACCUGUCGAUGGUGCUCUACUUCAGCAGGUUCCUGGUGGACGUGGUGCAGGAGGACGUCGGCCGCGUCCUCAAGCUCGACUCCAUGCAGGGCGCGGGCUCCUGGCUCGGCGCCCACCUGCUCGUCUUCAACACGUGGCACUGGUGGACCUACAAGGGCGCCAGCCAAGUGUGGGACUACAUGCAGGAGGGGAACAGAACGUACAACGACAUGGACCGGCUGGCCGCCUUCUCCAAGGGCCUCGCCACAUGGGCAAGGUGGGUCGACGACAACGUCGACGCGUCGCUCACCAGGGUCAUCUACCAAGGCGUCUCCCCAAGCCACUACACGUCCAAGGAGCAGGAGAGCGACGGGGCGGCGCCGGCGUCGGGGGGCUGUUUCCAGCAGACACGGCCGCGGCAGGUGGCCACGGACGGGGACGAGAGGGUGUCCCCGGAGCAGGUGGUCGUGCGGGGCCUGAUCGCGUCCAUGUCGACGCCGGUGUCCCUGCUGGACAUCACCUCGCUCUCGCAGCUCAGGAUCGACGCGCACCCGUCGGUUUACGGCGGGCCUGGCCGGGACGGCAUGGACUGCACGCACUGGUGCAUCGCCGGGCUGCCGGACGCGUGGAACCACAUCCUCAACGCGAUGCUGCUGCAGCACGCAUGAAGCAGUCGCGUCUGGCGUGUGCGAUACCUCCCUAGAUCGUCGAUUGACAGAGGGGCAGUGUGUAAGGCUAAUUAAGGCCUCCAAAUAUUGUGCGCAAACUGUCAUUGAUUUUUAGUAUUCAUCAAAUAGAGCCCUGCGUCAGAGUCUUGUCGAAGCCACACAAACUCUCGGGCAUGUGCCA